UCAUUGCGUCUUAGUCAACAGAGUUAUUUUGAGCCUGUGGUUUUAUGGGAAAGGUCUCGUCUUGUUUACUGAUGCAUUUAAGAACUUAAACCAGCCUGUGUUCCUCUUUGCAAACUCUCUUUUUUUCAGUGGUCUAAUAUUUCAGUCUAGUCUCCAGGUUUUAGCCUUGGACUGAACUAGAAAGGCUACGGAUCCCUCUGUUGGUAACUUUCCUGUUGUUGUGUACAAUGAAAAUGUGCAACGGGCGAUCUCACCUGCUGGUUCAGCUAAUUUACAUUACAUUUUUCCCAGUUUUUGUGGCACAAAAAGCCAAAGUCUCACCUGAAGUGACUGGAUACCUUGGACAUGAUGUCACCCUGAGCUGUCAGUUAAUCCAAGGACCAAACCAUACCAGUGUUACUCAGGUUCAGUGGGCUCUCCAGGAUGAAGAAGGAACAGGAGAAAAGAAAGUCACUCUCAUUGUUUUCAACACUGUGUAUGGAGUGAAUAUUUCUGAGAGUCCACUGAAGGAGAGAGUGGUGUUUGAUAAACAUUCGUUGGUAAUUAAGGCUCUAGAAAUGAAAGAUGCAGGAUCCUAUACCUGCAGCAUUUCCACUUUUCCCAGUGGGGCAUUUGAAGGAACCACCAAACUUGUUGUUGAAGAAACGAAGCCAUUGUCAGCAGGAAUAGUUCUUGCUAUAGUGACUGCUGUCUUGUUGCUGUUAGCGAUCGUGGUGGCCAUGCUUUAUUUCAUCCGCAUUAGAAGACGCCAUUCUUCAGCUAGGUUUCGUUUCGUCAUUGAUACGACUGGUCCAGAGAGAGAGUCGCAAUCAUCUGCAACUGAGAGAGACCAGGAUGUGGUGUACUCUGACAUCAAAGUGAAACCUUUCAGCGAUGCCUCUCCUUUAUCCAAUUACAAACUCAGAGAGAGCGUGUAUGUUGACGACGUCACGUACUCCGAGGUCAUGGUUUCUCGUCAACCGACCAAAUCAGAUACAGAGUAUGUUUAUGUUUAGCAUUUUUACCAUUUUUGUGUUGUGUUUUUGUGUUGUUUUAGUUUAUUAUUGUGAUAAAAGUGCCUGAUGAUAAUAUGAACACUUGUUUAGGUGUUUAGUCGUAACCAAAGGAAUAUUUUGGCCUCAUGGUUUCGUGUGUAUGCAUGUGCUAGAAAAACACCCACAGGCUGCAAGUCAGAGGACUAAUCAGUGUUUGAUCUACUCUAGCAGAUGCUGCUCUAUCACACUGCAUAAGAUAAAAAAAUUAUCCAAUUGCAACAAAGAAAUGCAAAGUUGUGUCGACCAGGGAUCUUUAAUAUCCAGCCAAUCAUUGCUCCUAUAUUUCACCCAGCUCUGAAUCCACUUUAAAUGGCUGAACCAGUAAAACAACAUGAUAAAUGUUUAAAAUUACAGAAAAAGUUAUGAUAGUUCACUGAGGCUGUCCUGUAAUUAUAAAAUAUGAAGUUUUGUUCAUUUAAUGUGGGCUCAUUAAUAACAGUUUAAUUGUUUACCUCUUUGGCAACUACUUUGGUGUAGUAUGGGUGUGAGCAGUCUUUAUCAAUAGGAAAAGCUGUAAAUCGUUGAAAUUUAAAAUCUAUACACUUUUUGAUACUUUCCGAAACUGUCCUGUGGGCCAAAUUCAAGUGUUCGCUAGUUCGAUUCGGGCCCCUGGGCCUUAUGUUUGCCACCCAUGACUUUAUUCAGUUGUUUUUGCAGGGAAUAAAUGCAAGCAUUCACAAUGAGCUGCUUUCUGCAAACCUCUAAACUGUUGUGAAUGUAAACUUCUUGGUUUACUGGAAUGAAAUGAAACACCUGCAUGGUGAUCUCCAGCACUACAGCUCUGCAGUUUACUCUGCAGUCUAUCGCUGCAUUUCUGCAGGAGGGUUCAGCUACAUGAAGCAGUUCGUUCUUGCUUGCUAACCUGACAUUUCCAGUGUUACGUGGCCAUAAAAGUAAAAUUACCCUGCAGAGAAGUUCUGUUCCUGACAACGGCACUGACAACAUUCAGUGAGAGUUCCUAUUACUCUUCAGCAAACCAUGAAAGGAGGAAGAUGAAAAGAAAUGGAAGAUAAACAUUCAAAAAAGUUACACAAUUAAUGCAGAAGUAACUGGGCAAUGCAGAAACAGGAAACAGGAAAGUUCAACAAAGUUCUCCAGUAAAAUCAACGUCAUUGCCUGUUGCCUUUAUUUAAUUUAUUCAUAUUAUCGUAGUUUAUUACAGCGGGCGUAAACCAAAAUCAAUCACUGUAAAGAUCAGCACUGUAUGUUAUCCAGUUUCAUAACUUAUAGUUAAAGUUGAGGUGCUGUACUCUGUCCAGUGCCCUGUCUGCUUGGGUCUGUGAAAAAUAUUGCUCAAUAUUACUGUCACAACCCCACACGCAGGUGUUGCAUUGUGAGCACAGUUUGUGACAAAAACUGGAUUGCAAAAGUGUCUGUCGUGGUGGAAAACUGAGCUUAACACCUUGACUAUCGAAUGCUACUUUCUAGCAUUUCCUGUCAGCGUUAUUUGGUUGUGGGUGUGAAAAUGUUGAACACAAGAUGUGUACAUGUGACGUCUCCAGAUUCACUCUAUGCUGUCAAAACAAGUGUAAACUUUUUUUCCCAUAAAAUCAUGAAAUCUUAUAUCAGAUGUUUAUAUUUAUUUUCUUUGUGUGAUAUUUGAAAGUUGAGAAAUUCGAUUGCAUCGAUGUAAUGCUUUAGAGAUAAUGUUCUCCAGUAGACGGCUGUGUGAGUGUGUACUUCUGUUAAUUCUGCACAUGGUUAUUUUUAGUUGUUGAUCUUGAUAUAGUUGCAGUUUAAACCUUUCCAUGUUCACCAAACUAAUUCUGUGGUUUUCCUUUUCUGCUAUGAUGAGCUCUGUCUUGACAGGAAACUGAUGUCAGCGAUAAGACAAGGCAGUUUAAGGAGUGCGUUAUGAAAGUCAUUCCAUAUCAGAUUACAAAGAUGUGAAUAAGUACACUCAGCAAUAUUUUCCCACUAGAAGUGAAGACACAUGAUGAAUGUAAUACUGAAAAUGCAUCACAGGAAAAGACAUUCAUGAGCUAUGUUGUGAUGUGUGAACAAGGAGGACGAACAACAAGCAAACAUGGGUGUAACAGAAGGAAUUCGUUUUUUGUCUUUUUUUAAAAAGAGUUUGUCUCUGUCACAUUUAUAGUCAUUUUCGUCUCUUCUGUACUUGGUUUUCCUCUCUCAUUUUGAAUGUUUCGUGUUUCUUAAGUUUAAAAGAAAUGUUAAUUAAAUUUUUUAUAUACAG